CGGAGGGAGCCACAAUGAAACUGACUCUCCUGCAGCGGCCAUUUUGGCUCCGACUCUUCAGCGUCAUCGAGGCGUGACCUUCCUCCGGUCUUGAGCCGGAAUGUCGCCGGUUUCCUUGAAGCACUGGACGUGAAAGAAACAGCGCCAUUUCUAGUGUCGGCGUCCAUGAUACGACCGACGCGAUGCUACCGCAGCGGAUUCCAGAGCAAGAGCUCGGAACGGCCGCGGUAGAGACAUAAUACCGCCGCUCCGCCUUUAACUGCUCUUUACUUCAGCCCAACGGCAAGGUUGUGCCGGUGAAGUAAGACGUAGCCCCAACAUGGACCCCUCCGACUGAGACGCAAACACGUCCUGUGUUUUGCCCAGCAGCUGAGAUCUAUCAGCAGCAUAAGCCAUGCCUGACGAGUAAAAGCCCCAUUUUGCUCAAAGCAAUAAUAAAAAAAAAAAUCAUCCUACAUGCCUCCCCAUGUAGAGCCCCUUCAGUGCGUCCUUCUGGAGUGACUGCCCCCCUCUUCCCAAGGUUCUGCCUCGUCCUCUCUCUGUACCCUUCUCCACCGACCACCCUACAGUAACUACCCAUCACAAUGCUGCUUCACCUGAGAAUGGCCAACACCUGAGGUCCCAUGCGUCCAGUGAGCACCGAUUCAGACGGUCCUGCUCCUCCUGAAAACCUCUCUUGCCCCUUCCCCCUCGUGGGCCCCCUGCCUGCCUCAGAGAUGUCCCUGCUCCAGUCGCUGGGUCCAGUACAAAGCUGGCUCGGCCAGGAGCUUGAGAAGUGCGGGAUUGAUGCCAUGAUUUACACCCGCUACGUCCUCAGCCUUCUCCUGCAUGACAGUUACGACUAUGACCUGCAGGACCAGGAAAACGACAUCUUCUUGGGCUGGGAGAAGGGAACUGGGAAGAAAUGGGGCAAGAGCAAGAAGAAAGGAGGGACCGACCUGAGUCUUGAGGAAAUGAAGAAGCAAGCCGCUGUGCAAUGCCUCCGCUCUGCAUCUGAUGAAAACUCUGGAAUUGAGAGCCUGGUUGAAGAGCUUUGCUCUAAACUAAAGGACAUCCAAAACAAACAGAAAGAGGAAAAACAGAUUCAAAAGAAAUCUGAUGGCUCUCAGUCUCCAGAGCGAGCUGAGUCCCCCUCUUCAAAGGACCAGGUGGAAAUGUAUUAUGAAGCCUUUCCUCCUUUGUCAGAGAAACCUGUUUGUCUCCAAGAGAUCAUGACAGUGUGGAACAAGGCUAAAGCCCUCGCAUACUCAAGCUCAUCAUCCUCUGCAGCCCCACAGACCAGCACAGAUACCUCUUCCCCAAAAGAUUGCAACAGUGAAGGUGAGGCUGCAAAGGAGCGAAACCUCGAAGCAUGUGGUACCAUCACUACUGUGACCAACGAGAGAGGCCAGCAACGACGAAGCAAGAAAGAGAAAGAAAAUCGAUACCAUAGUGGCGCAGCAGCGGAGGAGAAAUCUACCGUCCACUCGAAGAGACAGACGAGACACAGAUCUGAGGGCAAAUACAGACCCAGGUCCUGGUCUUCUGGCUCUAGUGAGGCGGGCUCAAGCUCAAGUGGGAACCAGGGUGACGUGAAGUCAUCCAGAAGCAAGGCAGUUAGAAUAAGGCACAAAUCCAGAGAGGCUGCAAAGAAUAAGAGAACACGCAACAGCGGGCAGGUGAAGCUGCAGGUGAAGGUAAUCGACAAGGAGGAGCGAAGAAACACAGGAGGGAGCAGUAGCAGCGCCACUGGAGGCGCUGCCAAACAACCACAGCUUUACAAAAAGGGGAAGAGACCUCUGAAGGAGAUUCGUAAAGAUCCAGGCUGGAAGGAGGCAAAAGAGUCCGGAGCUGAGGCCAGAGAUAAAAAGGAAUACAUGGAGGAGCCACUUUGGUACACUGAGCCCAUCACAGAGUAUUUUGUACCUUUCAGCAGCAGACAAAGCAAGCUGGAAACAAAAUAUCGAAACAAGGUGGACUCUCCCGAUGGCUUUGCUUUGUCAACCGACAUGGAGAGGCUGCCGGAGAGGAUCCAGGGAAUCUGCAUUGCCAACGAGAGCUACCAGAGAGCAUACCUAGCGGCAGGCUCGUUUGUGGAUGGGCACUUUGUGGAAGGGCCUGACGACGCAGAAGAUGAAACUGUUGAACUCACUGGGACCUCAAGCUGCCCUCAGCCAGAGGAUGGUAGAGAUUUAGAUGACAAGCAUCUGUCUGAAUUCACUCACUUCUAUGAAGUUGACAUUUAUCAAUCCAUAUUGGAUACUAGUGCCUCAGACUCUAUACAUGAGAGUCGGAUCUUAAGCAUGAUUCGACAAAAAAGCAAAGAGCAAAGAGACGUUGAGGCAGAAUGUUGUUUAGUGUUAGAUGGCCUUGAGCAGCAAGGGAAAAGUGCAAUACGGGCAGACUCGCAGGAAGCUUCGGGAUCUGUUGGAUUCUUAAUGGAGGAUCUUGAAAACAUGGCUCAAGUGUGGGGAUGUUAUUCACCAUCUACUUCAGAAGAUAUAGACGGAGAAAGCUUCAUCGGAGACUCUCCGAUCCGACUCUCCCCCCUCCUCGAUAGUGUUUCGUUCACCCUGAGCAAACUAUCUGGAAAUCUGGAGGAGCCACCUGUCCCUGAAGCCACCAGUGAACCAUCCGCUUUGAACUCAUCCUGCUUCUCUCUUUUCGAGCUGCAGUAUGACAGCCCCACUUUUCCUUUUCCCCGCGACUCACUCACUGUUGGUCACGAAAACAACACCGAUUCUAGUAGCUGUCUCGACCCACAUUCUAAUAAACAGUCUCGUUUGCUAAUAUGGACCAAAAAUAGUGCCUUUGACGAAACUGAACACUGUUCUAACCUUUCAACACGAACUUGCAGUCCGUGGUCACAUUCGGAGGAGACUCGUUCAGACAACGAGCAAGGAAACGUCCCGACAGAGGAUGCUGCUCAAAUUGGCAACGAAGAGAUUGAUUGUAUAAUCCCUCCUCUCUCUGGUACAUAUCUGGAGGAUGAGAUCUUGGAUUUUUUGCAAGCAGACUCCGGCCGUAAGUGUGAGGAGGUCAGCGUUAGUACAGCGUCCAAUCAGACCUUCACCAAAAAAUCUAAAUUGGAGUCCAUUUGUGGCAUAGCAUUGGAAAAGGAUGAGAGUAAACAGUACAGCACUGGCAUGUUUUCGGACAACACAAACCAACACAGUGAUGACUACAGCUCAGGGAUAAUAAAGGACAUUUGGACUGCAAUAGGAGAAGACAAAUCUGUAAUGUCAAAGCAAGGAGCAGAGAAACCAAGCGAGGGGCUAUUCACCGAUGAGUCAGGCGGUUACUGCUGCAGCUGUCUGGAGGUGCAGGCAAAAGGAGUUCCACUUCAGGGACCUGAGAAAAAAGCAGUGCAGCGGUCAGAGUAUCACCUUUGGGAAGGCAAGAAAGAAAACCAGGACUUAGCCAAAAACAAACUCUCCAAGGUAGAUGGUGCUGGGGAUUACAUGACUCCGUCCAAGCCCUGGGACUUGAACUCUGACAAGGAGAACACUUCAUUCAUCCUCGGAGGGGUGUAUGGAGAGUUGAAGACACUAAGUGGCGAUAAGAAUUGGGCUGUCGUGCCGCCAAGUGACACCCAAGACAGCCUGCUACAGUGUGCCGCUGCAGCCGCAUCUGCUUCCAGCUCCGACAUGCUCACCAUCACUGGCACAGAUGUGUUCAUGAACACUGGCAGCUGCUUUGCCCCCGGACACAGGCCCCUGUGGAGGCCUCUGGUGUCCUUUGGGCAGAGUGACCAGGCCAUUAAAGGAGGUGGAGAUGGAUUGAAUAAGGGAUUUUCUUUCAUCUUCCAUGAAGAUUUGCUUGGAUCGUACGGUGGCUUGCACAGCGAGGAGCAAGGUUUAGAAUACCCGUUCGCAUCCUUCAACCUGAACAAUCCCUUCUCUCAAGUCCUCCAUGUUGAGUGUUCCUUUGAGCCUGAGGACAUGGCUUCGUUCAGUCCGGGGUUCAAGCCCAAAUCUAUCCUGUGCUCGGACUCCGAGAACGAAGCCUUCCACCCACGAAUAUAUGGCAUCAACCGGACGCAGUACAGGGCCAUUCGCAUUUCCCCCAGGACUCAUUUCCGACCAAUAUCGGCCUCCGAGUUAUCUCCCGGUGGAGUGAGUGACUCAGAGGCCGAGACUGACAAAGAGGAGAUGAGUUUUCCCGUCCCGGCGCCGGUGGACGUCUUUGAGGAUCCUCAGGCAGAUCUCAAACCUCUGGAGGAGGAUGCAGAAUGCGAGGGCCCUUAUUACGGGAAGUCAGAACUGGAAUCUGGUAAAUUCUUACCCAGAUUAAAGAAGUCUGGCAUGGAGAAGAGUGCCCAGACCUCUCUGGAUUCACAGGAGGGUUCCAGUACCCUCCUGCCAAUUGCUGAGCAAGAGAUUUGCUUAGACUGCAAAACGGCAGAAGCUGCAUCGACUGCAGGUGGACAGACUGACGUCUCUGUCGGCAAGAUUCAAAAGGAGGAAUCUUCAGGAGAAACGCAGUCCUGUUUAUCUCCACCAGCAGGUCAGAUCCCCAAGUAUGGGAUUGCUUAUGACUUUGUUGGAGAUGUGCCAGAGUUCCCUCUGUUAAAUAUAAGUGGACAGGGAGGAGGAACUGGCAACCAGCAAGACGAGUGCUGGUGGCAGAACACACUCUGUUCCCCCCUUUUCCCUGGAUCUCAGUGUACAGGGAGCAGCAACAUUUGACUACUCCAGUUUUGCGGAGGACACCUGUCAGAGAGAAGGAAACCCUCCUCUCCUUUUUGUGACUGGACCUCUACCAGCAAUGAUUCAGGGUCAUCUCAGAGCUGGAAAACCUAAUGUAGGCUAAUUUUCUGACACACCCCUCCAAAAAAAAAAAAAAAAAAACCCACACAUAACCCUGCUGGUUUUCAUUUACUAACUUAAAAAAAAACCUUGUGUAAUCAACAAUCAGAUCAACAAAAAGUGAGAGAAAAUAGGAAAACUCAAAAAAUAUGUUCUGUCUUUGAGUGAUGCGAUGUGCAGACAUGCAUUUUAGGCAUUUUUAGAAUUUGUUUCAUUUGAUUCUUCUGUACACUGGUCCUCAUUCAAAGUCUCACAGUUUAGGUAGUAGGGACAAUCUUUUGUUCUAUCCUCGUCAGUUUUGUUCCCACCUGUUUUGCUUUUGAGCUAGGAUACUGGUAGUCGGUGGUAUCUGAAUGGUUGUGCAUGUACGUUCGUCCAGCCAGUCUCACUCCUCUUUUUUCUAGUUGUGUGAAAACGACUGCUCUCGCGUCCUCUACUUUCCAUCUUGUGUUCAGAAAGAUAAUAUAAAGGAUGUUGAGAUUUUUUUUUGGAGUUGUGUAAGAAUUUGAGAGUUUAAUUUAAAUAGUUUGUUUGGAUGACUUUCUGAAUGUGAAGUAGAGAAUGUGUGCAGCUUUUUCUUCUCAAAAUAUCCCGAAAUUCCCCCCAUGUGUGAAAAGUUAUCAUAAAAUGAGUCUGAUUUUUUUGAAUGGUGAUAGUCUUACAAAAGCUAGUAGUAGACAUAGUAUGGUUUGUGAGGCUAAAAUACUAAAAAAAAAUAAAAAACAGGAAAUCAAAAAGGAGUUUUGUUGGAAAAAAAUACUAAUAAUCUACUUGAAAUGCAAUGCUGUAAAAGAAUUUGAGAAAAAAGAAAAAAAAAAAGUUUGUGUUUUGGGGUAAAAAGACCCAUCAUGAAAAAGACUACAGCCAUUUCUGCAGACACCUGUGUGUGUUGCAACCGAAUUGUUUUAAUUUUUUUUUGUAAUUUCUAUGGUACAGACUAUUUGGUGCUAUAAAUAUGUUCAAAACUAUUUUGAAGUUGCAGUUCCAUAAUAAUGGCUGUGUCAAGUAGACGGCAUAGUUUUGUUUGUAGUCCAGACAGUCAGACUCCAUGAAUAUCUUUUUGCGGAAAAAUUGUGAAAAGAAGAAAAAAAAGAAAAAAAAGUUUCGCCUGAUCGCGGCUCUUGCUUAAUGUGGCUUGGUUUUCAUUUUAAGGUAACCUCUUAGUUGUCAGGCCUGUAACAGAAAUACUUGCAGGUAUUAAAAACACACAUCUAUUCAGUUACUUGUCCCCAAGCAGGAAGGACAAAAUCAGCAUCGACUGAUUGUCCGUGCUGCAACUAAACAAAAAUAUAACAAGUGGCGGGGGUGGUCAAACCAAAAACAUGGCAUCAUUACACUAAGGUACAAAUGAUUUUUUUUUUUUUUUUUUUUCCAUAUGAGGUGUGUUUUUAUUUUGUUUUUGGUUUACAAUAUAUCUUGUUGAAA